GGCUUCUUGAUACCAUGAUGGAUGUAUAUCAACGAUAAGUGGGAUGGUCGCCUUGAAAGGAGCACUGUCGAGUCCUCAAGCCCAAGAGGGUCAUCUUGAUCAUUGAGAGGUUGUGCAACGGGAUGUUGAGCUUCCGGCUGCCCGAAAUUGCCUCUAUUACCCGUCUUUUCACCUCGCUGUGGUCAUCUGGUGUGUAUCAGCGGCCUCUCAAUACUCUGGAUCUACCUCCACAAUGUGUUCUGGCGAAUCCGCUUCUGUACAAUGUGAUGGGCGAUGGAGCCACUUUUCGUCAAGACGCGUUUCAGGAGCAUUUCAAUCCGACAAACAACAGAGCGCCGUUCUUCCAAGUCUUUCAUCCAGCUUUCCUUGACGUCGUAGGACCUUCUCCCUCCUUGCGCGUCAUCGCUUCGAUCCCAGGCUCUGUCUUCGCGCAUGAGGCUCCAGUAUGGCUACCGGAAACGGAUGAAGUGUUCUUCUCGAGUAAUUGCAGUGGGCCUUCUGGCCUGUUCGACUGUAGCGCAAACAACAAGAUAUCUAAAAUCAGCAUGAAGGACGUUCGAAGUGCGAUCGCUGCGUCUGACACUCUUGCAGCUCCGAUCAAUGUCACGGUGACACAGCUUCAACUGCCGGAGUCCAUCCAGAUGACAUGGGGUAGCACUGGACCAUAUAGAUCAUCCCUUCUCUUCUUCAAUUCCGGAAGUGGCGUUAAACCCGCUUCACUUGCGAUUGUCAACCCAGCUCCGCCGCACAAUGUCACGAUCCUCGUAGACAACUACUUCGGGAGGCAAUUCAACUCGUUGAACGAUGGCAAGAUACACCCGAAGAGCGGGAAGAUAUUCUUCACGGACGUCACAUACGGAUUUUUGAAGGGUUUUAAGCCAGCUCCGCUACUACCGAAUCAAGGCUACCGAUUUGACCCGGACACUGGACACAUCCGAGUUGUAGCCGAUGGUCUCAAGCGGCCAAAUGGACUUGCAUUUUCGCCCGACGGCAAUAUUGCAUACAUCGGAGACACAGCUGCGGCCGCUGGGUUCUUGGGCAGGAACCAGACAGACCCUGCUACUAUCUAUGCUUUCGACGUCGACCCGCACUCUCAGGUUUUCCUCAACCGUCGAGUCUUUGCUUACAUCGACGCUGGUGUGCCUGAUGGCAUUCAGGUGGAUUCUAAGGGUAACAUCUAUUCGGCAUGCGGAGAUGGUGUGCAUAUUUGGGACCAUGAUGGCACGCUCAUCGGCAAGUUCUUCCUGGGAAGCGUCUCAGCUAACAUGAUCUUUGCGGACAAAGGAGAGCUGGUCAUUCUGGCUAACGACACGGUAUACUUCGCUCAAAUUGCCGCGCAAGGAGUCAAAGUGGCAUUUGCGUGAGGUCCUAGGUGAUUCAGUUCAUCAGAUGAAGUUUGGAGAGACAGUCGGUUAAAGAUUUCGUGGUCAUUUCUAUCGUUAGUUUAAGUACACGCGGUGCAUUUUCUGGUCGCCCCAUGCCACUUGCACGUACCAUUGUGCUAUCCAUGCCAGUUAUGCAGUAGCAGCUCGUAGUCAUCACACGGUGAAGUGCUUAACUUAGGGUUGCAGAACAUGAGCGCAUUUCUAACAUCUUUCAUGAU